ACAUUCCACGCUACCCACCACAUUGAACUUUCUCACCCGCAGGAGGCAUCUGACAAUUGUCUUUGUAGUGCACAUUCCGACCACGCUGCCACUAUCCCGUCAAGCGUACCGAACAUCAAUCCGCAUUCCGCUCUUCGACCUGUACACUUGAGACAAGACCCAAAAGCACCUGCCUGAGUGCAUUCCACCGCUCGUUUCGCCCGGCCCUCUGGGGGCGCAGGGAGCAAGACCCAUUGGAGCCGAUUGAAGCGACAUAUUCAUAAUGGCGAACCUACGUUUCGCGGUCAGCAUGCAACGGUUAAUACCGUUUCUUGGCUUCCACCAUGUUCUCAUGAUUCUCAUCGCUAUUGCGAUAAUAUUACUAUCAUUACUACUGGCAGGAUGCUCAUCGACAUCGCCACUCAUUCCCGGAAUCUUCCUCAUCUCCAUGUGGUACGAAAAGUUCACACCCACCUACGCACCUGAACAAGUCGACCCGGGUGUCACAGCCGCAAUUGCCAACAUUGUCGGCAAUGCACAGCUCGGCGUGCGCGUCGGCUACUUUGGCAUCUGCAUCAACCGCGACGGCGGUGGCUUCAUUUGCUCCAACAACGCCACAGCACUCGUCGACAAUGUCUCGGUCGACCAGGAUCCCCUCAACCUCGUGUGGGUAGCGGCUACAUUCAAGGACGCCGUUGUGUUUCCCUACCUGCUCAUUGUGGCCAUCAUCCUCGCCUUCUUCACAUUCAUCCUACUUGCCACCUUUCCUGGAUGGCACGAGGAGCACGAUGAGCGAACUGGGUCCGAGGUCGACGUCAAGCCAUUCCCAUCAAGGCCUGUCUCACAAGUUGCACUCGCACUCAUCUUCAUCGCAUCCAUCUUUGUCCUGGUUUCCGUCCUAUGGCAACACACAGCAUCAGUCGCAGCCGCAACCAUUGUGCAAGAUCUCGGAAACGGGAGCGUCAAAUCUGGCGUCGGUACAUCGGCCAUGGUUCUUGGCUGGUUCGGCUUUGUCUUGCUCAUAAUAGUAACCAUCGGGCUGCUCGUCAUGAUUCUCAGCAUCAUUGUUCUCGACCGCCUCACCGACAACGACUAAGAGGACCGACAGGACGGAGAAUAUUUUCAGAACAUAAUUAACGGGAGGAGGAGCAUUUUGUUGUUGCGAUUGUGUAAUUUCGUGCCGAGUGUACUCGGCCUUUUCUUCUUCCGCCUAGUUUCAUACCCUUUUGGCGAUGCAAUAGCAGCGUGCUGCUCAGAACAAUAUUGUUUGGCAUACUUGGCGUUGAGGGUGUUAUUUGCGACACACGAUUUCGAUUCAUGGCAGUCAGUGCUGAGGGUUAUCCAGCCAUGUCUAGACGGAGGAACGACCCAAUUAAAAGAGACGCUGGGAUCGUUGGAAUGUAUUUAUGUAGUAAACGAAAGAAUGAGAAUUGAAUAUGUCAAGCAAA